AUGGGCAAGGGAGGUUCUCUGUCGUUCAGCGCACAGGCCAAGGCUGCUCCCAGCUGCCUCGCCACCUUAGAGCUCGAUCCGAACUUGCUUUGCGAAAGGCCUCGCGUUCUUUCUGUCCUCGCGACGAUCUACGACCAAAUCGUGGAGCGGAACGAGGCCAAUCAAGCCAAGGGCGGCGAGGAGAAGCUGACCGUUUUUCACGGGCUGCGCGCUCCGGCCAUCGGAGUCGAAAAGUACAUGGAGAGGAUAUUUAAGUACGCCAAUUGCAGCCCCGCUUGCUUCGUCCUGGCGUAUAUCUAUGUGGAGAAGAUGGUGGAGCGGCAUGAUGACAUGGUGGUGACGUCACUCAAUGUGCAUCGCCUGCUCAUUACAUCCGUCAUGGUCGCCGCGAAGUUUCUCGAUGACUCGUACUUCAACAAUGCGUACUACGCCAAAGUUGGGGGAGUCACAACCGCCGAGAUGAACCGUCUGGAGAUGGAGCUACUGUUCCGCCUGGACUUCCGCAUGAACGUUACAACGGAAGCCUUCUACGCGUACUGCAAGAAGCUGGAGGCGGAGCUGUGGCAGUCUGAGGUCGCCUUCGACGCAGCUUCCCUCAUUGACAUGUCAGCACUCACAAUGUUGAAGGGUGCCCACGGCAAUGUGGCUCGUACGCAUCCUUACGAGUGUCAAGCAGCGUACGAGAAGGGCGUACGGACACCGCCGCGGGAGGUGGAAUCGUACCGAUGCCCAGCUGUAACGGCUAGGGUGUUGCCUGAGUCACCUUGA